CUGGAAAACCACCAGGCCACAACCCUUUCCUGACGUCACCUGAUUAGGUGGUUUUCACUUCCUGACAGGGAGGUCACAAAAGACUUCACCGGAGUCUCCUUUCCGAGGUGUUCACACUCUACACUGACUGGAGAAAACAGAGGAGCUGUGUUGAAAGAUCAUCUGUCCAUCAAGUUAACAAAUCCCUACAGCUUCCUGUUUCAAUCAUGUGUGAUGUAAGUGAAGAUGGCGUUUGGGAGACGGACAAUGCGCCUGAUUUUUCCUCGUUGAAAAGACGCAUAGACUCAUUCCGUGGCUCCAACCUUGCUAACAAGGUGCCUGCGGAAACACUGGCACAGGCUGGUUUCUUCUACACCGGCGAGUCUGACCGUGUCCGCUGUUUCAGCUGUAAUAUGACUGUGGAUAAUUGGUACAGAGGAGACAGACCUGUAGACAAGCACAUGCAGUUUUCUCCAUCAUGCAUGUUUCUUACCUGCGUCCACCGUACCAGUUUUAACCAGAAUUCCAAUACUGCAGUAAUCAGUGAAGAAGUAGGAGACAUGGAAUAUCGUUUGAGAACAGGAGAAGUGGUUGAUGAGGCCACCUACCCUAUAUUUCCUCACAUGAGAAAUGAAGAAGCCCGACUUCGGACCUUCUCUUCUUGGCCCAACAGUGCUCCGGUGAGACCCAGAGAUCUGGCCCAAGCCGGUUUCUUUUACGUGGGGCAGGGUGACAAGGUUCAGUGUUUCUGCUGUGGUGGUCGGCUGAAUGGGUGGGAACCAGGAGAUACUGCCUGGAGUGAGCACAGCAAGCAUUAUCCCAACUGCUACUUUAUCCUUGGGCAUGACGUCAGGAACAUCCCAAUCCAGACAGGUGUAGAGGAGGAUGCCAGCAACAAUCAGCGUGCAAAUGACCCAGCCUCAAUGCAGAGUUUUGAGGCAAGGCGUGCUAGUUUUGCUGGUGUCUGGCACCCUGUUGACCACGAGAGGCUUGCCAGAGCUGGCUUCUAUAGCACAGGAAGAGGAGACGCAGUCUUGUGUUUCCAGUGCGGUGGAGGCUUGAACAAUUGGCAGCCUGAGGAAGACCCUUGGGUGGAGCAUGCCAAACACUACCCAGGGUGCAGCUUCCUUUUGGCAAACAAAGGGCCAGAAUUUGUCAACAGCAUCCACCUACAAAGACCACAACAUGACAGAGCUGCUCCAAGUCAUCAAAAUCCAGUUUCAGAAGAUAUGGAAGAUGAGGACCCACUGGAGAAACUACAGAGGCUGCAGAGGGAAAAACAGUGCAAAAUAUGCAUGGACAGAGAUAUUGCCAUUGUAUUCAUCCCAUGCGCUCACCUUGUUGCUUGCGAGAAUUGUUCACAGGCCCUCAACAAGUGUCCGAUCUGCUGUCAAGAUAUAACACAGAAGAUCAAGACCUAUAUUGCUUGAGAACAAUAUAUGCUUGCUCAAAAGCAAUGCUGCUUUUACACUGUCAUUAUAAUAUUGUAAUUAUAUUGUAAUUGUAGAGUAGAUACCUAUAAUAUUUAUGGACCACUUUUUUUUUUUUUUUUUUUUUAAAUAAAUCUUAGAAUGAUAAUGUGUAAAACUAUAUUUUCCUAGUCCCUACAAUGGUAAAUAUCUGUAUAGAUGUAGAUGGUUUUAUAAAUAGUUCCUUGACCGAUAAUGAGUACUGAGAUGUAAAUACACAUUAAAGGGCCGUUCCUAUUUUGAAACACAUUUCGCCAGAAGUGCCUUUCUUUUGGUUUGUAUAUUCUAAUGCAUCACUUACCACAGAUAAACUGACUUGGAUUUUAUUGUAUAGAACCAGUUUUUCUGCGUCUUUACAUUUCUAAGCUCAAGUUAAGGGCUUGGAGUUAACCAUUGUAAUGUAAGAAUCGUUUUAAUUGUUUCUUUAAUCAAGUGUGAAUAAAUAUUUAUGCGGACUUGGA